AUGACAUUCAAAAAUUCGACUUCACCAUCGGUGGGAUCAACCUCGAUCGGUGCUCAUAAACGAAACUCAGAUGAUAUUAGUUGGGAAUAUGGUUUUUGCCCGGAUAAAAAUAAGAUGGAUACAGUGAAAUGUAACUUGUGUGGAAAAGUGUUUACCGGGGGGGUUACUAGAUUGAAACAACAUAUUGGUCAUGUGCCAGGAAAUGUAAGUCGAUGUCCAAACUCUACAAAAGAUGAUCAACUGAGAAUGCGAAAUUUUAUUACCGAAGGGAAGAUAAAAAAGAAAGCUGAACACGAACAUGAUAAGGCCUUAAGAUCGGAGGCAAUACAAGUGUUAAAUGAUAGUGUUGAAAUGGAUGAAAUAGAAGAUUCUUUAUGGUUGAAAGCACCAAGUUAUAUAGGCCCCAUGGAUGGCUAUGCAAAUAAAAUAAACCCUGAAAUUAUGAAGGAAAAGGGAAAAAAAGUUGAUCUUAACGAUGUUGAUCGGAAAGAAAGAAUUUUAGCGUGUCAUAAAUUCAUUAGUAGGUGGGCAUAUAAAACUACAAUUCCUUUUCAUGCAUUGGAAGAUGAUAGCUUCAAAAUGAUGUUUGAGGUUGUUGGCCAAUUUGGAACAGGGCUCCCACCUCCUACCAGGUAUUCUUUGAGUGAUCCACUUCUAAAGCAUGAGGUUGAAAGAACAAAAAGUUUGUUGAAAAAAAAACGAAGAAUAAUGGAAAGAGAUUGGAUGCUCGAUCAUGACACAUGCUUGGUCUGA